AUGCCGAGGCUGCUGCAACAGAAAAGGAAGAGCUUGCGGAAGCUGCCAAAGCAAAGGGUGAGGAAAAUGCUGCAGCACUUGCCGAGUUCGACAAGAAGUACGGUAUGGGGCCGGAACAGGCCACAGCGAACGAGACUCAGGAAGCCGAGAAGGCUCCGGAAGCUCCGGCGAAGGAGGGCGAGAACGCCGAGGAAGGCUCUGAAGAUUCCUACGAUGAGAGCGAGGAGGAAGAGGAAGAAGUCGACGAGAGCGCCUCCGAGAGCGAAGGCAAGGCGAAGCCUCGAGCCGGAGCGCCGAACGCCGCGCCGCGCCGUGCCGCGUGGCCGGCUGCCCCCGAGCAGCGGCCGCCCGAGCGAGAUCGGGGAAAUCAUGCUUACAGAGGUGAGCGAGAAGCAGAGGGAAGGCCGGGACGGGAACGGGAAGGACGAGACCCCAGAGAUGCUCGCGAUGGGCGAGGACGGGAACGAGAGAGGGAUCACCGAGACAUGCGUGAUGCCAGAGAUGGGCGAGAAGCCCGAGACACCAGAGACGGUCGCGACGGUCGCGGCGACCGCGAUGGCCGCGACGGUCGCGACGGCCGCGAUGGCCGCGAUGACCGAAAUGGCCGCGAUGGCCGAGAUGGUCGUGAUGGCCGAGACGGUCGGGACCCUCGGGACGGCAGGGAGCGAGAGGCGCGAGACGGGCGAGACGGGCGAGAUGGCCGUGAUGGGUGGCGAGAAGUGCGGGGGCCGCGCGAGCGCCGGAGAUGACCCAUGGCUCGCCCUGCUGGCUUGUGCUUGCGCGGCCAGGUGGCCACGUGUACAAAGGAAGCAUCUUGUCCAGCUUCGGAGAAAGCUCAAUCUGAUGAGCUUUGGCCCUCGACGAAAGGGCGCAGCUUCAAGAUUAUGCGGUAGCAGCCAGAUGAGCCGUUUCAACAGCCACAGGACAAAAGUGUUCCCUGUCAGGAGAGCAGCUUGCAGAACGCCUUUGAUUGUUGCAGGGGGGGAACCAUCAGACACUUGGUUGGGACCUUGCAGGGCAGCAGAAAGAUGCAUCUGCUUUACCCUGGUCCUACUGUUUCAAGCCAGUCCGCGGACAUCUGAGAGCGCCCUCUGUUGGAAUUCCGUCGUCCUGCGUGGUUGUUACGUGUCACAAGAAGUUCCAGAAGACCGUAAACUUUCAACCCUAAGACCCUAA